UAAAGCAGAGAGCAACAAAAGCUACUUGUACUUUUUGGACAGCUCAACUUGAGCGAAAGCGUGUGCGGGACCCUCCUCUGAUGGUGCCGCUCGAACAAGACUUGUUAAGUUGACACACUGAGACCGACCGACCACCAUUUUUUCCCCCUUCCUCUUGUCUUGUCCAACACGGGAAGAGGACACGUUCGCCUCGACUCACGUCGUCAAGGUCAUUUACAUGAAUUCAAAACCAAUUUGCCAGUGAGUAGCUGGAAACUGGGGAGCAAGUCUUUCAGUUUUUAACCCCACAUGCUGACAUGGAAGGCUUUCUUCGUAGCAGCUUUUUACUGAGCAGAGUCAUGUCUUCCAAGCAAGCCACGUCUCCUUUUGCCUCUGUGGUCGAUGGAGAUGAUGCCAUGAGCCAGGAUCACUUGUCUUGGGAAAAAGAGGAGAACACUGACGCCCACUGCCCACCGCAGUUGCCGCUGCACAAUCUGCUCCAUGGGAAAGCCCACCCCGAUGAAAUUCAGCCGCUAAGCAGUGUACCUCCAGAGAGUGACUGGGACAGCUUGAUGUCUGCACAACAACGCAUGGAAUCUGACAGCAAUAAAGUAUGUUCCCUGUACUCCUUCCGCAACAAUUCCACCUCUCCGCACAAGCCUGAGGAGGGGGCCCGGGAGCGAGGUGACCUGCUGAGCGCAUCAGCAUUUGGAACUCCCGAGCGCCGCAAAGGAAGCCUGGCAGACGUUGUGGACACACUGAAGCAGAAGAAACUGGAGGAGAUGACAAAGACAGAGCAAGACGACUCGUCAUGUAUGGAGAAACUACUUUCUAAAGACUGGAAAGAGAAGAUGGAGAGGCUCAACACCAGUAAUCUUCUAGCUGAUGUAAAAGGUACUCCUGAGAGCCUGGCAGAAAAAGAACACCAGCUCUCCACCAUGAUUAGUCAGCUGAUCAGCCUUCGAGAACAGCUCCUGGCUGCCCACGACGAACAGAAGAAGCUCGCUGCCUCCCAAAUGGAGAAACAGAGGCAGCAAAUGGAGUUAGCUCGUCAGCAGCAGGAGCAGAUCGCCAGACAACAGCAGCAGCUUCUGCAGCAGCAGCACAAAAUCAACCUUCUCCAGCAGCAGAUCCAGCAGGUCCAGGGUCACAUGCCUCCGCUCAUGAUCCCCAUUUUUCCACACGACCAACGCACUCUGGCAGCAGCCGCUGCCGCCCAGCAAGGCUUUCUCUUCCCUCCUGGAAUGUCGUAUAAGCCAGGUGAUAACUACCCUGUGCAGUUCAUUCCCUCCACAAUGGCAGCUGCAGCAGCGUCAGGACUCAGCCCCCUCCAGCUUCAGCAACUGUACACCGCCCAAAUCGCCAGCAUGCAGGUCUCUCCUGGAGCCAAGAUGCCUCCACUCCCGCAGUCCCUCAAUGCCAGUGGACCCAUUUCUCCAUCUUCUUUGAAGAAUGAUAAGAGUUCCUGCAGCCCUAUCACACAAGUCAAGGAGGAAGGUACACAGCCGCUCAAUCUUUCGGCUCGGCCAAAGACAACAGACAUGGUCAAGUCUCCAACUUCUCCGACACAAAACCUGUUUUCGCUCUGCAAAAGUAGCCCCAACAGUUUUUCCAGCAAGGGUGGUAUCCCAAGCCCACUUGGAGGUCUGGGCCGUGGCUCCUCUCUGGACAUCCUGUCCAGCUUAAACUCCACAGCGCUGUUCGGGGACCAAGACACGGUGAUGAAGGCCAUCCAGGAGGCUCGUAAAAUGAGGGAGCAGAUACAAAGAGAACAGCUGCAACACCAUCAACAGGGCAUGGAGGCUAAGCUGUCUGCCCUGACUGCUGUGGGCCUCAACAACUGCAGGGCUGACAAGGAAAGGGCACAUUUUGAGAGCCUCGGGCACCACCUAGGAAAGCUGGGAGAGGAUGGCAAAAUUGGGCACAGAGUUAUUGACCUAACCAGGCCUGAGGAUCUUGACGGAGGCGCUGGAUCUACCGAGGCGAGAGUCUUCAGGGAAUCGAGAGGAAGAAACAACAACGAGCCGCACAUUAAAAGGCCGAUGAACGCGUUCAUGGUGUGGGCCAAAGACGAGAGGCGCAAGAUCCUCCAGGCCUUCCCUGACAUGCACAACUCUAACAUUAGCAAGAUUUUAGGCUCCAGGUGGAAGUCCAUGUCCAACCAGGACAAGCAGCCAUACUAUGAGGAGCAGGCCCGUCUGAGUAAGCUCCACUUAGAGAAGUACCCCAACUACAAGUACAAACCACGGCCGAAGAGGACCUGCAUCAUCGACGGCAAAAAGCUGCGUAUUGGAGAGUACAAGCAGAUGAUGCGUUCACGGCGGCAAGAGAUGAGGCAGUUCUUCACUGUAGGGCAGCCGCCACAGAUCCCCAUCACCACAAGCGCCAGUAUGGUCUACCCAGCCAUCACCAUGGCGACAACUACACCCUCACCCCAAAUGACGUCAGAAUGCUCGAGCGCGUCUGCGAGUCCCGAGCCGCCCAUUCCCGUCAUCCAGAGCACGUACAACAUGAAGCUGGAGGCCACCCCAAUGGCCAACAACAACAACAACAACAACAACAACAACAACAACAGAGCGGCAGUCAACGGAGAGGACGACAUGGACAUGUACGAAGACUUCGAGGACGAGCCCAAAUCAGACUAUAGUAGUGAAAAUGACACACAAGAGCCAGUCACCGCCAACUAGAAGUCCGAUGGCGUCUCAGCAGGCAUACAGGAGGAUGCCACACUGUCGAGACAACACCCUCAAGGUUUAAAAGAAGGACGACACCAACCUGGUACAAGCCCACAUGCACAUGUGGCUUCAACAACAUCAACAAAAAAGCUAUUUGGUCUUAAUUGUUUCUUCAUGUGUGUUCUAAUUGAAUUUUUUGGGGGUCAUUAUGAUGAUGAACAUCCGAACAACAUGGCUGCAGCCUACACAACAAAAAACAGAACUUGAAAUUAUUUGACCAUGUGUUUGAACAAUUAGCUGAUUUUGUUCCUCACUCAGGUAUCGUGUGCCAGCCAACAGCGUGUGAAUGUGUUUGAUCAUGGCUCUUUUAGCGGGGAAAAAAAGGUCACAUGAAGCAAUCGUCUUCGUCAUUUAGUGCAUUGGUGCCAAACAAGUUGUGUCAGGAGAAAGGCUUAAAGCGGACCUAUGAUGAUUUAAAUCUACUUUUAAAAACACUUCCUUGCGGUUUAGAUGAUAUUUAUUGGCAUACUUGCCAACCCUCCCGAUUUUCCCGGUAGACUCCCGAAUUUCACUGCCCCUCCCGAAAAUCUCCUGGGGCAACCAUUCUCCCGAAUUUCUCCCGAUUUCCACCCGGACAACAAUAUUGGGGGCGUGCCUUAAAGGCUCUGCCUUUAGCGUCCUCUAUAACCUGUCGUCACGUCCGCUUUUCCUCCAUACAAACAGCGUGCCGGCACAGUCACAUAAUAUAUGCGGCUUUUACACACACAUAAUUGAAUGCAAAGCAUACUUGAUCAACAGCCAUACAGGUCACACUGAGGGUGGCCGUAUAAACAACUUUAAUACUGUUACAAAUAUGCGCCACACUGUGAACCCACACCAAACAAGAAUGACAAACACAUUUCGAGAGAACAUCCGCACCGUAACACAGCAUAAACACAACAGAACAAAUAUACCCAGAACCCCUUGCAACACUAACUCUUCCGGGACGCUACAAUAUACACCCCCGCUACCACCAAACACCGCCCACCUCAACCCCGCCCCCCCACCUCAAACCCCCCCCCCCAUAUCCCGAAUUCGGAGGUCUCAAGGUUGGCAAGUAUGUUUAUUGGACAUGCUUUGGUGUACAUUUUGCCUCAGUCACAUUUAUAACCUGUUUUUCGAGUCUGCCUGCAAGAUGUUCGAUUCUGUAGGCGUUCCCAGAUUGCAAAUGAAACCACACCCCGACCUCUCCAAAAGUACCAUUAUGUAGCUUUUGAACAUGUUGAACCCUGUUUGAAUAUGUAUCUUGAAGUCGUCAACGCUAAUUUUUUUCCAGACACGGUCAAAAAUAAACUUCAUAAUCAUUACCAUAUUUUACGGACUAUAAGCCACACCGGUAUGUAAGCGACACCCACUAAAUUUUACAAGAAAAACAUAUUUUUUUCAUAUUUUAGCCGCACCACACUAUAAGCCACAAAUAUAUACCGGUUCGUCGUCAAAUGAGAUAUUUACAUCGUAAGAUUUUGUAAAUGUUUAUUUACAUACCCUAAUUAUUUCCAAACAGUGCCUGUAACGUGACAGUAAAACAGCUGAUCAAACAAAACAAAAAAGUCAUUGAUGACUUAAUUAAGUCAUUUUUUUAAAAGUUUCAAUAUGUUGAGCAGGAUUCUUCUUCAUAAUAAUUUGUAAACCCUUUGAGUUUGAAGAGUUUCUUAAAGUGGAUCGUUAUAGUAAAUUGUUAUAUUUCUUUGCUUAAAUCAUUCCAUAGUUUAGCUGUUAACGAAGAAAAGUCCAAAGAUUAACCGCGCCUUUGUAUAAGCCGCAGGGUUCAAAGCUUGGGAAAAAAAAUAGCGGUUUGUACUGUAAUCCGGAAUAUGCGGAAUAUAGAUUCACCCGGUCACUGCCCACUCCCCGCUUCAGACUCUGCAUAAAGAAGCUGUUUUUAGCAGCAUUUAUGUCACGGCAUGUUGCUGUCAAUGUUAAUAUGCACAUGCCAUGAUUAGAUUACUUUUUUCAAGCUCCUACCCCUCUGGCUAAAAGCUUGACUUAAUGUCCGAAUAAGAGCGUCCACCUAGCUGUGUGACAUCACGACAUAGCCAGACUGCAAAAGCCAGCAAACAGAGGCAUGCAAAACUCUUCAUCACGCCAUAAUGUGUGAACCUUAUGAUGUGACGUUUUGGCAUUGUUCAACAUGAGUACUCAACAUUUUCUAAGUCAGGAAAGAAGAAAAUCAUCAUAGGUCCCUUUCUAAUACAAAUUCAGAAGGUUAAAACCUAUCAAGCCAACCUUAGUCAACAUCACUAACUCCUUCCCAGUCGGAGUUCAUCUGACUGAUUGUAAUCAGGCCAGAACGCUAAAGGGCCAAAAGGUCGCCAAUCUGAAGGAUUGGAAGAGCGGCGAAGGCAGCUUUGGAAGCAUUACAAUCUUCAAAUUGAUGUCGUACAAUGUGUAGCUACACAUCCUUCUCUUAAACGCUUUAGCCCCCAUUUGGACGGCAAGUUUAAAGUCUUAGCUCUUUUUUCCUCAAUCUUAAUUCUUUUUGGACAUUGUAAAUCUUGAAUGGACACUAAGACGUCUUAAAACAGAGCACAGUCAUCAGGCCGGUGGCAGUGAUUACUGUCCUCGUCUUAAGACCGGAACAUUUGUACACUAUAAGGCAAACUUGGUCAAGUGCACUUAUUAUUUUUUUCCUCAUUCUCGUUGUUGCUUUUCCAGUGCACUUAUCAACAAGCAUUUGAAAGAAAAGAAAAGAUGGCAAGUGACCGCCUUGGCUUGAUGCAACUCCUCCAUUUGGACACUCAGAUCCUCUUUAUAAGGACACACACCUCCUCUCCCUGCCAUGCCCUGCCCUGACCCCUGCCCGGAGUCACCUCAGCACCACCCAGCGGGCGCCAUCUGGGAACGCCAGGGAGGGUCCUAGAAACAAUAAAAGUGAGGCGCGCGUUCCUCAUUGUGCUCUCCAUCAAAGCGCUGGAAAGUGAGCUUCUCAACAGGGCUGCCCACCGCGGCCCACUCACCAGAUGGAACAAGUACAUCAAGCUGUGGGGGAUUAUUAAAAUGACUGACGACUGGCUAUCAUGUGAGAUGCGCCAUUAUGAAUGCAUGACUUCAGCUAUUCCCCCUCGCUUGCCCUUGAGACAGGAGCUCACCGAGGAUCUGACUGGCCGCUCACUGCUCGGUACGUCCGCAUCACGUCUAUUUAUUUAUUUCACACGCUUUACUGUCCUGACGAGUGGACAUGUUUUUCCUCCUGUUUGCUGACUGCUUUGUCUGUGAUUGUAAAUAUGUUCAUGACCAUGCCUCACACGCUGGCUGGAGGCUACUUACACACAAAAGACUUGACCGCGUGCUCACGGGGCAGAGAAAGACACAAAAAAUAAUAAUAAAAAAAAAUAAACACGAACUCAUAAAGGAGAUGCUGUUUCAGAAGUGUUUGAAGCACUGGAUAUAAAUUGUCUGAUUAAUGUGAAUCUGUUUGAGGAAGAAAAAAAACAAAAAAACAACAACCAUGAAUUAACAAAAUUCCCCAGAUGGACUAGAGUGGGUUUGCUCUCACAGUUGCCAGACUUUUGGUUCGCUUUUUCUUUGUCGACUUGUUUUGUUUAUUUAUGCAAAGACGUGCGAUGGAUGCAUACUUUAGGGCUGCCUUGUGUUUCCAAGUGUCACUAAAACAACAACAAAAAGGACAAUCAGAGCGGGGAUGCUUGGAUUGGGAGUUUGCAAAUUCACCAUUCAUUCUUAAUAUAUAGGAAAUCUUAUUUUAUUUGAAUUUUGAAGCAUAACUUAUGUAGCUUAAUCUAUUUUAUUUCUGUCAUUGUAUGAUUUAAAAAAAAAAAAAAGUCAUCAUACCUCAUGAAGAUGCUGAAUUCUGUAAUUUAAGAAGCAAUCCAACAAGUACGGUUGUCACUAAAACAAGAAGCACUUGAUGUUAAAGCUCAUCAUGUUUGAAACGUGCUGUUGAAAAGUGGGAAUGUGCAUAUAUUUAUAAGUGGCAAAAUGUUUUGUAUCAAUCAUUUCUUGUCACAUGAUCAUGACGAUCCAGCCAUGUGCAAAAGGAGCCCUUCCAAGGACAAGAUUUCUAUGCUGAUUCAUGCUUUUUACUGUAUUUUUUUUCUUCUUCUUUUGCCAUGAAUGGAGUGGGACUGCUGGCUGUGUGUUAAUUUAAUCAGCACAAUUCACUGACAUGCUGGACUGGUGAAAUACUCGCUGCUGUUGAGGAGGUACUUUGUUUGUGAAGCAACACUGUGUCAGGCUCUUCCAUCAUUAGAGCCCCUUUUUUUGGACUUUGCUGGCAGUCUACGUAAAAAAAAACAAAAAAACUUUUUGUUGUUUUUCCUGGCAGGUACCUACGGUAUAGGCCAAUGGCAAGUAUUCUUCGGGUGUUUUUAGAGAAAAUACAUAGUGUCUGUCGCUGCUUGAAAAAAAUAAGUUUAUGUCUGAAUAUGUAAAUAGUUUAUCAUAAUAUCUUGUACAGUCCAAUGUAAAGUUUUUAAUUCAACUUCAUAAUGUUGCCAUUGUGUUCACAUUCUUUCCACAUUACAAAAAAACAGAUUAUUUGCUUGGUGAUAUCGCUCAAAAGAUAAAAUACAUGUUUUUUUUUCUUCUUUGUUUGGUUUGGCUUCCUAGUGUACACCAGCAGGUUUCCAUGUGCAGUAUUGACGUGAGGUAAAGUUAAGGUGAAUCCUUUUACAGUGGUUGUGUGCGUGUGUGAUUGAGUGUGUGUGAGAGAGAGAGAGAGCGUGUGUGUGUGUGUGGAGUGCAAUCUCCCCUAGCUUUUGUAGUAUUACUAUAUCAAGUUAAAAAAACAAAUAUAUAUUUGGGUGCAUCUAGGCAUCAUGAAAAUGUGCAUACUUUGUAAAAAAAAACAUAAAUUAUCCCCAAAAGAAUGAGUUGAGGCAUCAAAUGGUGUGAUAUAAUUUCUGUGUCUCAGUGCAUUGUAACAAUCUAACAGGGCUUAGCAGAGUAGCAGCCUGUUUAUGCUCAUUUACCUCAAAUAUUUUCCCCUCCCUUUGUGUAAAAGAGGAAGCGUUUCUCACAUCACUCCAUCUUUUGUACUGCUGUUGACACUUACAAAUUAAAAAGGCAUUUUGUUUAAA